AUGUCGUCGUCCCGAGCUACUUGCCAAGUCUGGUCUGCGCCGACAUCGUUGAAGGAAAGUGGAGACGGCUAUGACGAAGACACGUAUCUCAUCAACGGCAUUCUACACAAGAGCAUGCUGCAAACUCCCUCCUCCAAGCAGAUCAACGGAGAGGAGGUGGAGAUAGAUGAAGGAAAAGAGGAGAAGAAAGCAUACGUCUGGAGCCACACCUCCAUCGCGUCUGGUCAAGACAUCUACCGCGGAUCAUUCACCACCACUUUCUCCACCCAUGCAAGCAGAGAUACCAAAGACAAGAGCGACACCGAGCGUACAGCCCUCGCCAACGAAGUACUCGCCUAUCUCCGCGAUACCCUCUCCCUCACCCAAUCCCGAUGGGCACCCCUCUGCCGCCAGACCAACAGCUCGCAUCCUCUAGUCGAAGCCGAGCAAAAGGCGUUUUACGAGUUGGUUGACAAGUCGGAACCAAAGUAUGACCAUAUAGGUUUGGGGAGUGUUGGAAUGGAGAUGACGCGGCAGGUGAUGUUGUAUGGCGAUAGUGGGAUUGAUGUGUCGAAGAAAUGA